CUGCCAGUUACCGGCGCGGGGCCGCCCGCCGCCGGCUCGGGGCGGACCAUGCGCCCGACAAGCCCGCCGCCCGCCCGCUGGUUCUGCGUGCUGACCGGCGCCCUCGUCUGCGUCUUCGGCCCCGCAGGCUGCUGGGCGGCAGGGCUACAGCAGGAAGAGUGUGACUAUCUGCGGAUGAUCGCGGUACAGCAUGAGCAGUGCCUGGAGGAGGCGCAGCUGGAGAAUGAAACAGCAGGCUGCGGCAAGAUGUGGGACAACCUCACCUGCUGGCCAGCCACCCCUAGGGGCCAGGUGGUUGUCUUGGCCUGUCCCCUCAUCUUUAAGCUCUUCUCCCCCAUUCAAGGCCGCAACGUGAGCCGCAGCUGCACCGAAGCGGGCUGGACGCCCCUGGAGCCUGGCCCCUACCCCGUUGCCUGUGGCUUGGAUGACAAUUCAUCGAGUUUGGAUGAGCAGCAGCAGACAGUGUUCUACAGUUCUGUGAAGACCGGCUACACCAUCGGCUACAGCCUGUCCCUCGCCACCCUCCUGGUCGCCACGGCCAUCCUGAGCCUGUUCAGGAAGCUCCACUGCACACGGAACUACAUCCAUAUGCACCUCUUCAUAUCCUUCAUCCUGAGGGCCGCCGCCGUCUUCAUCAAAGACUUGGCCCUCUUCAACAGUGGGGAGACGGACCAUUGCUCCAAGGGCUCGGUGGGCUGCAAGGCAGCCGUGGUCUUAUUCCAGUACUGUGUCAUGGCCAACUUCUUCUGGCUGCUGGUGGAGGGCCUCUACCUGCACACCCUGCUCGCCGUCUCCUUCUUCUCUGAGCGGAAGUACUUCUGGGGGUACAUAUUCAUCGGCUGGGGGGUGCCCAGCACAUUCACCCUGGUGUGGACCAUCAUCAGGAUCCAUUUUGAGGAUUAUGGAUGCUGGGACACAAUCAACUCCUCACUGUGGUGGAUCAUAAAGGCCCCCAUCCUCGCCUCCAUCUUGGUGAAUUUCAUCCUGUUCAUUCGCAUCAUUGGAAUCCUGGUUCAGAAACUGCGGCCCCCAGAUGUCGGGAAGAGUGACAGCAGCCCGUACUCGAGAUUGGCCAAGUCCACCCUUCUGCUGAUCCCCCUGUUUGGCGUGCACUACAUCAUGUUCGCCUUCUUCCCCGACAACUUUAAGGCUGAAGUGAAAAUGGUGUUUGAGCUCGUCGUGGGGUCUUUCCAGGGUUUCGUGGUGGCCAUCCUCUACUGCUUCCUGAAUGGUGAGGUGCAGGCAGAGCUGCGGCGGAAGUGGCGGCGCUGGCACCUGCAGGGCGUCUUGGGUUGGGACCCCAAAUACCAGCACCCAUCCGCAGGCAGCAACGGGGCCACGUGCAGCACGCAGGUCUCCAUGCUAACCCGCGUCAGCCCUGGUGCAGGCCGCUCCUCCAGCUUCCAGGCCGAAGUCUCCCUGGUCUGACCGCCAGGUGCCCAGGCGGCUGGGCGGCACCUCUCGCCAGCACUGCCCGCCACCCGGCGCUGCUCCGGGGGCAGAGACCUCUCGGGCGAGGUCAGCCCCAGCCCUGAGCUCAGGAGGCUUCCCCGGGCCCCCAGAUCACUGUCCGGCAGCCCCUGGAGAACGCUGCCUUUGCGCCUGCCUGGACAGACGAGGGUACAUAGUUGGAGGAACACUGGAAGCUCCUACCUGGAAGAAGUGGGGUGAAGCUAUCUUCAGACUCCGCCCCCAAAGACUUCCUCCGCCAAUUGAGGGCAAGAAAUCUGCAUACUCUCGCCUGAUUCCACCCCGGGUAGCUCACGUGACCCACCCGACCCAUCGGAGAAAGGCCACCGCCUAUCCCCAGACAGUGCAUUUGGGAAUGUGCUGUUAUCUCAGGCGACAAGGCUACUGCCCUGAAAGGUCACCUGCCACCACCACCUGGACAGUGCCUGAAGUUCCACCGUUGACAUCAGGUUCUUUUGGGUUAAGCAUAACCAUUCAGGCAUCUCUCCAAACAUGCAGUCCCCUCCCUUAGUGCCUCCUCAUAGCUGCCAGCUCUUCGCAGUGAAUGAGUUUUUCUGCCUCCAGCAGGUGCGGUUGUAAACAAGGAGUUUUUAGUUUGGGGAGGGCAGCUAUCUCCAUAGUCCCCGCUAGGGUGGAGCUGCCCCGGGAUGGCUGGACCAAUUCCAAGAGAUUACCUCCAGCCCUACCGAUCCUCACCAGCUCUGGGAGCUGCCCACCUAUGUGCCAACUAUUAGCACCAGGCUCAGAGAUGAUGGACGCUCACAGGCCCCUUCAUCCUCACAGCAACCCUGCAAGGUGGGCACUAUCACAGUGAGCCUCACCCAGAGCAGGUACCUCACCUUGUCACACAGACAGGAUUUGAACUCAGAUCUUGCUGAUGGGAAAGUGAAAGCACAGACUCUUAACUGCUGCCUUUUAUAUAUGGUAACCAGCUGAAUCCUCUUGCUUAUUUGUAUCACCACUGGUAUUGUUAUUAGCACCAUCCCCGAACCCCAUUCCCAUUCUCCCCGGAGUGUGGCUGAGGAGUCCUCUGGCCCGUGUAUCCUCUGGACAAGAGCCUGGGGGUUGUCACAGCCUGUAUCUUCCCUGCACCCCUGUGGCCACACGGCUUGCUAUCCACGCCCCAGCCAGAAGAUCCCCUUGGGACUGCAAACAGGCUAGUGCAACAAUAAAGACUGGGUUGGAUUA